CUGGCAUAUCGUUAAUAAAUAUUGAUGCAGCAUAUUUCCUUAAAAUAGGCCUAGAUUUAGUUAAAUGUUUUAGGAAAACUAUUUAAGUGUGUAGUUAUUGCUGUUUAGAAAGAAAAUGUUAGUGCCAGUUGUACUGUAGUAAAGCCACUAUACUAUAUAAUAGCUAUAUGCAAAAAACCGAGUUCCUCAGUUGCGGAAAUCGAGCACUAGCCUCUUCAUAUUUCAUAUUUUCGAGAUAAAAUUUUAGUUGGCCCCACUGUUUUUUUUUCUGUGGUUAAUUUAUAACCUCGUUUUAAUUUGAAAGCUUAUAUAAAAUUAUGAAUCCGAAAGAGCAAAUUGUGGCCGUUUUAUCUAAACUGAGUCCACACGACGUACACGCACUGGCACGAACCAUCACCCAAGGACUAAAAAAAUGUCGAAAUAAGGAGGAAGCCAUUCAGUGCAUUAUCAAAUACUCAUCAGAUGAAAUUAGCAUUUUAAGGAGGAGAACGGUGACGCGCGAUAUAUUAUUUUCCUAUCUGGAGGAGUGUGGUAUAAAAGUUCGACUACCCACAACUAAAAACGACCUAAUAGACAGAAUAGCGGAAUUAUGGAACAUUCCUCGCACCUCGAAUUCAUCUGAAAACAAUAACAGUGACGUUGCGUCGCGAGAGGUAGUCAGUAUUGGUGAUAUUAAUGUAAUGGCUCAACAAUUUGCGGAUUGGUUCUAUUCAAUGCUAAACGAGAAUGAUUUAGGAUCUGAGCACUUGUUUGAAGAUGCAACAUGCAAAGUAAAUAUAUUUGCAAACAAUGAAUGUGACACAACUGUUUUGGAAAACAAUCCUCAAGAAGUAACGAGUCUGUUGCUGCAAACUCGGCUAAAGCACAACUUGCACUUUAAUCCUAAUAUAUCUGAUGAGGGUGUUCAUGGUCGAACUGAUCCUCACGGCCUGGUAGUAGUGCUGGUUUGUGGCACUCUGCAUGUAUCGAAUAUAUGCGCAGGAGUUUUUGAACAAGUGUUUACCUUGGCCAAGGACCCCUUCUCUCAAAAUACUUGGAAAAUUAAAAGCACCGAACUUAAUUUAAGGCGCCAGAACGAAGUCCCCAGAUUACCAACCUUAUGCGAAGGCACAAUGGAUUUAUUACCCUUAACUGAACCUACAGAAUAAACCUUUUCAUAUGUUUAAUUUUUUUUUUCUAUUAUAUGGUGAGCUCGCGUCUUUAUCUAGACAGCUGUUAAUUAGGCAAUUUUUGCCAGUUGUUAAAGUCUGCCAAACACAAUAACACCCAAGGCUCCCAUGGGAAUCGAACCCACAACCUCCGGCAAGUUCGAGUGGGCAGGUCAAUGCCUUACCAACCGAGCCAUCCUCGGUCCCCAUGUUUAAAUUUCAGUUACCGAUUGAGCAUCCCGUGUUUUGUGGUUAACCAGCUACAAGUUAGAACCAUGCAAAGUUUUUUGGUAAAUUGCUCUGCAGCACUAUAGAGGAGGAACAGGUUCUAAUUAAUAAAUGAUAACUAUUUUUCUAUAGUUCAAUGUUCUCUGUCGAAUGAUCUAAAUAAAAUACAGUUUGAAAAUGA